CACAUUUGAAUAAAAAAAAGAAUAAUUAGAAUAAUCAGAGUUUCCAUAUUUGCAAUAACAGUGGCGGAUCCAGAGAUUUUUUAUUCCAAUGAAUGAUAUUGUAUUUUUUGUUCAACAUGUAGGGAGAGGGUGAAUUAAGUUUUUAUAAACUGUGCCCAAUCCCGUUGUAAUAUUUGAUAUAAAAUAAAUUAAUGAAUUAUAAGAUAAAUCUAAUAACUCAUUUAGUAAAUGAGACAAAGAAAAGAUUAAUGGGAUGUCGAAAAAAAUAUGGUAUGAAUUGAUGAAAAGUGUAAAGGUUGCGUUGCUGAUGGAAAUACCCGCGAAUCCUCCGUCACAUGAUCAAUUUAGCUCAUGCGACUUUUUUAUCAAAUGGAAAAUGGAGGGACGAACUACAGCAUGUGUGAUAUGUGCUGCAAUAGUGAUGAUGACACUUCAAGAUUUUUAUACUUUUGCUAAAAUUAUGGAUGUUGCGCAGUGUCCAAGAUGUCUGAACAAACGUGGAGUUGUAACGUGUAAAACUUACAAGAACAAUUGUGUCAGUGUUUUCCUUAAUCGUGCCAGAACCCAAAUCCGUGAAAUUCGCGUCCCUAUGUGUACUAUCGAUAUUGUGGUCAACAGAAAGUGGGAGUCCCUUACUGACUUUCCAGUAGUGCGGGACAUUAGGGGACAUCAAUGUGCCAGUGUAUUCAAUAUGCCUACUGAAGAGUCCAAGAUGUUGGCCACCACUACAAUACCAUCCACUUCAUCAGCAAAUACACAAGGGAGGGCUUGGAUUGGGCCAGCGUCAUUGAAAAGUACAACUCAAGAUAUGCCUACUGAAGAGUCCAAGAUGUUGGCCAUCUUUACAGUGCCAUCCACUUCAUCAGCAAAUACACAAGGGAGGGCUUGGAUUGGGCCAGCGUCAUUGAAAAGUAAAACUCGAGAUAUGCCUACUGAAGAGUCCAAGAUGUUGGCCACUUCUACAAUACCAUCCACUUCAUCAGCAAGAACACAAGGGAGGGCUUGGAUUAGGCCAGCGUCAUUGAAAAGUACAACUCAAGAUAUGCCUACUGAAGAGUCCAAGAUGUUGGUCAUCUUUACAGUGCCAUCCACUUCAGCAAAUACACAAGGGAGGGCUUGGAUUGGGCCAGCGUCAUUGAAAAGUAAAACUCGAGAUAUGCCUACUGAAGAGUCCAAGAUGUUGGCCACUUCUACAAUACCAUCCACUUCAUCAGCAAGAACACAAGGGAGGGCUUGGAUUGGGCCAGCGUCAUUGAAAAGUACAACUCGAGGGUUACAAUUAUCUACCGAAGAAUUUGACGUGCCUGGGACCGCAGGUGUUUUUGCCUGGGCAGUUGUCACAACACUUGCCAUUAUUCUGAUUGUGAUAAGGCAUCUUUUGCUUUCGAAAAUAAAAUGCUGCUGUAGAAGGCAAGUCAACCAUCUUCCUAGAACACCAUCACCACCUUCAACACCGUGCACUCGUGAAACUGUAGAGCAGAUAAGAAUGCAUUUAUUGCACACACCAUCUUUCAUUGCUACCACCCCCAGCAGUUUAUCGGCGUCAACCCCCAACACAGUAGUUUCAGUAACUCGACCUCUCCUUGGUGAUAAUGACGAUGAACCUAUUUCACAACGUACCAGGGCUAAAAGUGUCGCGAAGAGACUUAGCCUGUAAUUUCUUU